AUGAUAAGUAAAAUAUUAAGGGGAAAUAACUUUUUACAUAUCAAGAACAAAAUUGAAGUAAACUUUUUUAAAUACUCAAAAAGAUAUGAAUCAAGAGUAAAAGCACACAGAUAUACAGGCAUAACAGCAGUAAAAACACAUGCACAAAAAACAGAAUGGUACUUGAAAGCUGAAAGAGAUUUUUUGGCUGAAAGAAGUCAAAUACCAAAUGGAUAUAUUGGCCUUUGGCAAUAUGAUGAUAUAAAACAUUUAAAAGAAAAUAUUAUAAAUAUGCUACAUUUAAACUGUGCUAACAAUAAACAAAUACAUAAAUUUAAAAAGUUGAAUAUACGAAGAUUAUUACAAAGAAGACCUUUUGAUACUGGAAGUGCACCUGUUCAAAUUGGAUGUUUGACCGAAAAAAUUUUAAAUUUAAGAGCUCAUUUAAUACAACGAUGUAAAGAUCAUCCUAAAAAGAGAACUAUGUCUAUCUUAUUAGCGAGAAGACAAAAACUGAUGAAAUAUUUAUAUAAAACCGAUUUUGAAUUAUAUAAACAUACUUGUAAUUUAUUAAAAAUUAAAUGUAUAUUAUUUGCAAUUCCUGAUUCGAGAGAUAGAGCAAAAGCAAUUAAUGCAGCAGCUAUUGAUGGAGACAGGUGUAAAUUUUUAAUUAGGCAAAAAUUGUGGAAAGGCAAAUACAGGCCUAGACCAAUCAAAAAUGCAAAAGGUCAAACAGUAAGAUAUACCAGGCACCCGAUAGAACAACCCCCUUCUGAUUAUGCAUUACCAAAAGAAUACAAGCCACAAAUAUCAAAUUCAUGGCCAUAUGGCGUUAAGGAAACCUAUCAAAAAGGACUUUAUACUAUUCACAAUCCCACAGCUCCAGGUUUGGGGUAUUGUCCUGUUCCAAUGUUGUUCUGA